GUGUGGCACGGACCCUGUCCAGUGGGCCGUCGCGAGUCCCGGUACCUCGUCACGUGUUCUAAACCUCUUACACUCUUCCUCGAGUCGUGACUACCGCAAUGGCUGACCUCAUAGCUGAAGUGCGAAAAAUACCACCAGUAACGCGCUUCCUUCUAGGAUCUUCCCUCGGUGUCACACUUGCAGCCCGUCUGAAUAUCAUCCCUCCCUACUACCUCAUAUUCCUGAAAGAACACGUCACCAAGCAAUUAGAGCUAUGGCGACUGUAUACAAGCAUGUUCUUUGGAAGCAUGCAGUUCGACUACAUCUUCGAGCUCGCUAUGUUAUAUCGGAAUUCUAACGGCGUUGAAACGAUGUAUUACCAAGGUAGAUCGUCCGACUACGCUUGGCAACUCGUAUUCGCGUGCUUGGCCAUCAUUCUAGCAAACAGGCCGCUCGAGUCGUGGUCUCAUAACCGUCCCUUACUUCAUACUCUCACCUACCUUUCGUGUGCUCUGGCCCCGCCAGGCACACAGAGUUCCAUUAUGGGCCUUAUAACUCUCCCAGUUGCGUACGUGCCAUAUGCAAUGCUUGGCAUGGAUCUUCUGGUCAGCGGUAUGAACGUUGCUGCGCAAUCCGUGAGCGGGUUGGUUGUUGGCCAUCUAUGGUGGUGGUUGGUAUGGGGUGCCAACACCGGAGCUGGUGGGAUGGAACGUGGUCCAUUGGCUAACUAUGCUCGGGCACCUCGCUGGCUCAGAAAUUGGUUUGGUGAGCGUGAGGGCGUUAGGGGAUCGUCUGGGGCCGGAUACCAUGUAGUACCACCCCGGAGGCAACAGACGAGUGCUCGAGGUACAGGUCACAACUGGGGAGGUGGUCAGCGACUAGGUAGUUCAUAAACAUGUUAACAACCAUGCGUGGAUGUAUUUCAGUUUGAACACGAUUGGGACCAUCGCCACUCCACACUAUCCUGGUUACGAUGCCGUCCUCGUAGCCAAGGUACAUCCUCGGCGCGUCAUGCCUGUCGCACGGAUGCCACAGACGAAUUGACUGACAGCAGUGUGCCCGCGAGGAGGCUCUAGUGUGUAUCAAAUUCCGCAGUCAUCCUCCAGGCAUGACCU